CUCGGCGAGGAUCGCUCGACGACGAUGAGAUGCUUCGCGUGCUUCUCGGAGGCCCGGCGCCCGGCCCCGCCUCCUCGGGUGCCGCUGCGGGGCCGAGGCCUCCCGCCGAGGGCGCCGCGUGCGCGGCCCCGCCGGCCCAGGGCGGUGAGCCGCGCAGCGUGAUAGACGACUACGUCGACGAGUUGCUCGGCGCCCCGCGGGGGCACUCGCGGCCAGUUGCCGGUCUUGAGGCCGUCCUGGGGCGCCCCCCGCCCGACAUCGUGUACGCCGACGGCAGGAUGGCGCCCGCGCCGGCGGCCGCGCGCCUGAGCGCGCGGCGGCCGCAGCCCGCCCGCGCCUCCGCGGAGGCCGCCGCCGCCGCGCCCGCGCCGCGGGGCGCCUACCUGGCCGGCGUCAUCGGCGGCUGGGCGUCUAUC